CAUUUAAGUUAUUAAGGAAAAUUAUUUGCUGUCUUCAUUGACCGUAACGCUAAAGACCAAAAACUCAUCUUUUCUCUCUUUGCUAUCCAAAUCUCAGAGAAGCUCUGCCCUCUCGAUCCGAUAACCGGAACGGCCAUUAGCGUAACAUUCGGUGGCCCUUGCAUCGGUGUGGCAUUUAUUUAUUUGUUUAAGGGGUUACAGAUAUGAACUGGGUUCAACGCAAGAUCUAUCUCUACAAUGUCACUUUUGGACUCUACAUGUUGGAUUGGUGGGAGCGUUACCUUUUCAAUACUUUGGUGAUUGUGUUAAUGUGGUUCAUCUUCUACAACAGCUUGCAAUAUGUAACUGAGUUCUGCAAGAGGCAUCUAUCCUAAAGUUGGGAGUGGCAUUGGCUUGACGGAUUGCAAUGAUGAUCUCAGUGUAAAAUUUUUUUGAAUUAUUUGGUUGAAAAUCUUACUUUGAUGUGGCUUUACUUACAACUUUGUUAUAAUGUGGUGAACCGAUGCAUGUCUCAUCAGUAUUGUCCACUGUUUUCGUAGCUAUUCCUUGGAAAAAUUUUAGAACAUUGCACUAUUGUAGCUAUUGUUGAAACUGUUCUAACACACACACACACACACACCAACAAAAAAAAAAAAAAGCUUUUGUGUUCCACUUAUUGUAGCCAUAUUCUGUAAUCUCAACUUAUAAAAAGUUGUAUUAUAGUAGUCA